AUGAAACCGAUUUGCUGCCACCAUCCAAAGAAGUUCCCUUCUCUCUUCUGGCUCGAUUGUGAUUCACCAUGGUCAAUAUUCCUAAGACCAGAAAUACCUACUGCAAAGGUAUCAAGUGCAGAAAGCACACUCCUCACAAGGUGACCCAGUACAAGGCUGGUAAGGCCUCCUUGUACGCUCAGGGUAAGAGACGUUACGAUCGUAAGCAGUCCGGUUAUGGUGGUCAGACCAAGCCCGUUUUCCACAAGAAGGCCAAGACCACCAAGAAAGUCGUUCUCCGUCUUGAAUGUACCGUCUGCAAGUACAAGAUGCAACAACCCCUCAAGCGUUGCAAGCACUUUGAAUUGGGUGGUGAAAAGAAGACCAAGGGUGCCGCUCUCGUUUUCUAAACAACCUGUCAUUGUUUCUAUAUUCACAUCCGCCCUUU